AUGUAAUAAUAAUAUUAGGAUGCUGAGUAUUUUAGAAAAAAAGAUGAAUAUCGUUUAAGAUCAUUUAAAAGACUUAAAGAUUAGAUAGAAAAUAAAUGUAAUAUCAUAAAAGGAAGAAGUAGAGAGAUUACUGUUAAGAAAAAGCUUAAACCUUAUAAAUCAUUAGAAUCUAAAUUUUAAGAACACUCUGAUACAUUUCGUACACGUUUUGUGAAUUCUUAAUUUUCAAACAUUAUUAAUGAAGUAAGUCACACUUGCGAAGAUAUUGUAUCUAGUAUUUCAAGAAUUAAAAAUGAAGAUAAAUAACGUAAUCAUGAUAUUUAAGCCUUAUUGAAAAAAAUAGAUAAUCCUUCUGAACUCAAUAUCACUAGAUGGCAAACUGAUAGCAAAUAUAUAGAAAUAAAAGAAGAACUUAUUAAAAUGUAAUAAGAUUCAGGAUUACCUGAUUAUUGCAAGUUUUGUUUAAUCAACAGUAAAGAUUCAAUGAAGAGAAUGAAUAGAUCUAAUUAAGAAAUAAAAGAAACAAGACUUUUAUUUUAAAUGAAAGAUAAAUUAACACCUAAUCAAUUAAAAUAGUAUAUGGAAUAGCUGUUAAAAAAAUAUUAGAGAAUCUAAUCUAAUUAAGAAUUAGAACCUAAUGGAGUUGGAUGGAAACUUAAAACUAAAUUAUAACCAUAUUAAAAUAGUGAUGAUUGGGUUGUUAUUAAAGAACAUAUGUUAGAGAAAAAAGAACCAUCAAUGUAAGAUAAAAUUAAGAAAGCUGAAAAAACAUUUAAAAGAUAAUUACAUGAAUAAAAAUAUAGAGAUGCAGCAUUUAAAUAAUUAAAAUCAUAAAAUGAAGCAAUUUUACAAUUUGAAAAAAGAAUAUUUAAAACAGAACCAGAAGAAGAUCUAAAAGAAUAAUUUUAAACUAGACUUUAAGAUGCUAAAUGGUUUUGUGAAGAAAAUGCAAAAAAGAUUGAUAAUUGUAAAACUGAUCUAAAGUAACAAUUAUUCUAAAUUAAACGUGAACAUGAUAGAAUCUAUAAAAACGAAAAUACAUAUCUAAAUAGACUACUAUCUUCUUGA